UGACAGUUGACACUUGACACUUAAAACUACUCAAAACGAAAAUAAUUUAAUUUUUCUUGCAGCAUAGUUUUCUCGGCAAUAUGACUGCGUUUGAGGAAUUUGGGGUGCUUCCCGAACUGGGAAAGGCUAUCGAAGAAAUGGAGUGGACAUUACCAACAGAUGUUCAAGCGGAAGCAAUACCAUUAAUCUUAGGUGGCGGAGAUGUCCUUAUGGCUGCUGAAACCGGCAGUGGCAAGACCGGCGCGUUCUGUCUACCUAUCUUACAAAUAGUUUGGGAAACUUUAAAAGAUAUACAAGAAGGCAAGACAAGUAAAGUGAUUCUAAAAACAGCUACUGAAUGGACGUUGUCGUUUUUCGAUCGAACAGAAGCUUUAGCGGUAACGCCGGAUGGUUUGCGGUGUCAAUCUCGAGAUCAUAAAGACUGGCACGGCUGUAGGGCUACCAAAGGUGUACACACAAAGGGGGCUUAUUAUUAUGAAGCUAUUGUAACUGAUGAGGGUCUUUGCCGUGUCGGGUGGUCAACGCAAGGUGCAAGGCUAGAUUUAGGGACAGAUAGACUUGGUUUUGGCUAUGGUGGCACUGGUAAGAAGUCAAAUGCCAAACAGUUUGAUGACUAUGGAGGUGCCUAUGGGAAAAAUGAUGUAAUAGGUUGUUUGUUGAACCUUAAUAGUGGAGAGAUUCGUUACACAAAGAACGGAGAGGACCUAGGUAUUGCAUUCAAACUGGAUCAGUCACGCAAAUCUGAUUGUUAUUUCCCUGCUGUUGUUCUAAAGAAUGCUGAAAUGAGUUUUAACUUUGGUGCUACACCUUUCAAGCAUACACCACCUAAAGAUUAUGUGGCACUCUGCAAUGCACCCAAAGAAUGUGUUAAACUAAAUGUUGUCUCUUCAGUUCAAUCAACUGACAGCAAACCUGUCAACAACGCUCCACAAGCUAUCAUCAUAGAGCCAUCACGUGAACUUGCCGAACAAACAUGUAAUCAAAUUACUAAAUUCAAAAAAUACUUGGAAAACCCUAAAGUUAGAGAGUUACUUGUAGUUGGUGGCAUCAAUGUUAAAGAUCAGAUAAACCAGCUCAAUGCAGGCAUAGAUAUUGUUGUUGGCACUCCGGGGAGACUUGAGGAUCUCAUUCAAGGAGGCUACUUAGCACUGACGCAUUGUCGUUUCUUCGUGCUGGAUGAAGCGGACGGUCUAUUGAAGGCGGGGUAUGGGGAGCUGAUAGAGCGCCUGCACCGACAGAUCCCGAAGAUCACCAGCGAUGGACGACGUCUGCAGAUGGUGGUCUGCUCAGCUACUUUACAUGCAUUUGAAGUUAAGAAAAUGGCGGAAAAACUGAUGCAUUUUCCAACAUGGGUUGAUUUGAAAGGCGAGGACUCUGUGCCGGAGACAGUACACCAUGUUGUUGUCAAUGUAGACCCGCAGAAGGACCGCUCCUGGGAGACAUUACGCAAGACAAUACAGACGGACGGUGUCCAUGCAAAGAACAACAUUAAGCAGGACGCCAGCACACCUGAGAGAUGGUCGGAGGCCGUCAAGAUACUGAAGGGAGAAUACUGCGUACGAGCUAUCAGGGAACAUAAAAUGGACAGGGCUAUAAUUUUCUGUCGCACUAAGUUGGACUGCGAUAACUUGGAAAAAUACUUGCGUUCGUUUGGUAACGAGUUCAGUUGCGUGUGUCUGCAUGGUGACCGCAAGCCGGCUGAGCGCAAGGCCAACUUGGAGAAGUUCAAACAGGCGCAAGUCAAAUUCCUCAUCUGUACUGAUGUUGCUGCCAGGGGUAUUGAUAUAUCUGGAUUGCCGUUCAUGAUCAAUGUGACCUUACCUGAUGAGAAAUCUAACUAUGUUCAUCGCAUCGGUCGUGUUGGUCGUGCGGAGCGCAUGGGGCUUGCUAUCAGUCUUGUUGCUACUGUACCGGAAAAGGUGUGGUAUCACGGCGAGUGGUGCUCGUCUCGCGGCCGCAACUGCUGGAACACCAACCUUAUAGACGACAGGCCCAAAGGUUGCUGCAUGUGGUACAACGAGCCACAGUACUUGGCCGAUAUUGAAGAUCAUUUGAAUAUAACUAUACAACAAAUUGAACCAGACAUGAAAGUGCCGUGCAAUGAGUUCGAUGGUAAAGUAGUGUAUGGUGAAAAGAGGAAGCAAACCGGCACUGGCUAUCAGGACCACGUGUCACAGAUGGCGCCAGUGGUGCGCUCCCUACAGGAACUGGAGUCGCAGGCGCAGCUUUAUUAUCUUAAAUCCCAUCAUAAUGCUGUCAUCACAGCGUAAAUGUGUCUUGUAUGGAGUUGGAUUAAUUAAUACUACAAUAUUGUGAUAAACCGCAAUUAUAUAACCUGUUAAGAUGGCUUGAGAAAACUCAUCCGAUUAUCACCUGAAAUAAUAUGUUAUAUUAACUAUUGUAUUCUGAAUGUAGUAAAUGUUUAAUUAUCCGUUAACCUAUUAUUUAAAA